AUGCGCACGAUUCCAAGGCAAGCGGUCGUGAAGGAAGAGUACAUCGACUUUGUGAGUCGUAACCACUUCGCAAUUGCUUUCGAAGACCAGUGCUUCUUCUUAUUGGCCUUAUCUCAAAAUCGGAUCUGGCUGGACAGAGGGGAGGCCUCGGGGACAAGGAGCCUGCAGCGUGACGAAAUGCAGGUGCUGGAACCUGGAAACCGCAUCCUGCUUGGCACCAGCGAGGCGAGGCCGGAGUCUCCGGAGGCAUCGAUUCACCGAGGCAGGCUCACGCCGCUGGGAGAACGCGAAACAACGUGA